AUGUGGAUGCAAGAUAAGCUGCAUGGAAAGCUAAAUGCUUGGUAUCUCUUGUCCUUCCUGAUUUCUGUCGGGGAGAUCAACCAGAAUUCUCUGAUCUUACCCAACAUCUCCCUGGGCUACGACCUCCAUGAUAGUCAUUUCAAUGCAAAAAUGAAUGCUGAAGCCACGGUGGAUCGGCUCUCUUCUGGAGAGGCAAAUAUUCCAAACUACAAAUGUGGAAGACAGAAGAAUCUGCUCGUUGUCAUUGAAGGGACUGAUUCUGACCUCUCCCAACACAUGGCAACCUUGCUGGACAUCUACAAAAUCCCACAGCAUCCCUUUGCUGUUAAAGGCUGGAUUAGGUGCAAGGAGAAAGAACACUUGGAAAUUUUAGCACAGGAGGACAUUGAAGAAAUCCUUUCUCUCAACAGCCAUCAUGUUUACAACUCCAUCUAUGCUCUGGCACGAGUGCUAAGUGCUGCCUAUGUCUCCAAAUCCAAAUGGAGAACACUGAAGGAAGGUAGAAAAUCCUUGGACCUGGAAAAGUUGCAGCCUUGGCAGAGUCUGCCUCCCUCCAAAUGUGUGGACAGUUGUCAGCCUGGAUUUUUUAAGGUGGGCCAAGAAGGCAAGCCUGUUUGCUGCUAUGACUGUAUACCCUGUGGAGAAGGCAUCUUUUCCUCUCAGGAAGAUGCAGAAAAGUGUGCCAGAUGUCCAGAUGAUCAGCAUCCAAAUCAGAAGCAAGAUCAAUGUCUUCCUAAGAAAUUAACCUUCCUGGCUUACAGUGAAAAUCUGGGGACCACCUUAACUUCUCUUGCAUCCUCUUUGGCCUUAAUUACUACUCUAGUCUUAGCAAUCUUUAUUAAAUAUAGAGAAACUCCCAUUGUCAAAGCCAACAACCGUGACCUCUCUUACAUCCUCCUUACCACUCUCCUGCUUUCCUCCCUGUCCGCAUUUCUCUUCAUUGGACGACCAAACAGAGCCACCUGCCUUCUCCGACAAACUACCUUCAGCAUCAUCUUCUCAGUGGCUGUUUCUUCUGUCUUAGCCAAAACAAUCACAGUUGUGUUGGCUUUUCUGGCCACAAAGCCAGGAAACAGAGUGAAAAAAUGGCUUGGAAAGAGUUUGACCAACUCCAUCAUCCUUUCUUGUUCCAGUGUCCAGGUGAUCAUCUGCAGCAUCUGGCUGGUGGUCUCUCCCCCAUUUCCUGAUUCUGACAUGCGGUCUCAACCAGGAAAGAUUGUGCUUCAAUGUAAUGAAGGAUAUCUUGCAAUGUUUUAUGUUGCUCUCGGCUACAAUGGAUUCCUGGCUGCCAUCUCCUUUGUGGUGGCUUUCCUGGCCAGGAACCUCCCAGGGGCCUUCAAUGAAGCCAAGCUGAUCACUUUCAGCAUGCUACUCUUCUGCAGUGUCUGGAUCUCCUUUGUACCCACCUACUUGUGCACCAAAGGGAAAUACAUGGUGGCUGUGCAGAUCUUCUCCAUUUUGGCUUCCAGUGCUGGCCUACUGGGCUGCAUCUUUAUUCCCAAGUGCUACAUUAUGUUAAUAAGACCAAAUCUGAAUACAAAAGAACAGCUAAUUUUGAAAACUUAA